AUGUCGAAAGGGGAUAGACAAAGACCAAACAUUCUUGUCACUGGAACACCGGGGACGGGGAAGUCGUUGGUUUGUCAGAUGGUAACCGAAAAGGUGAAUAUUAAUUAUGUGAAUGUGGGUGAUGUAGUUACACAAAAUGGUUUUUAUGAAUCACGUGACGAAGAAAUGGACACACUAGUCAUCGACGAAGACAAAGUGUUGGACUACUUGGAAGACGUUCAAAAAAAAGAAGGGUUUUUGUUGGAGUAUCACUCUUCACAACUCUUUCCCGAACGGUGGUUUGACUUGGUUGUUGUGUUGCGCACAGACAACACAGUUCUAUAUGAUCGUCUUCUUCAAAAGGGGUAUAAAGAGAACAAAGUGACAAACAACCUUGACUGUGAAAUUUUCCAAGUGUGUCUUGACGAAGCAAUGGAAAACUAUCAGCACAAAUUGGUCUGGGAAGUCCACAAUGAAACACCAGAACAACUCGAGGAAGCAGUUGAUGCCAUAGCAAAGUACAUCACAUUGUGGCCAAAGUCAUUUGGUCUUUCAUUUGAUCAAUUAAAAGCUUCAAAUUGA